UGCGUGUGUGUGUGCGUGUGUUUGUGGGAGGAGAGAAUGGGAGCGAGUGAGAGAUAAAGAGAGAAGGGGGAGACUUUCAGGUUUCCUCAAACCAUUCAAACUGUCACCCUGGAUGACAAACUGACCAAUAAUCUGGGCCUUUGUGGAAGUAGUCAUGAUGUCCGAAUCCAGGGUGUCAUCUGUCAUUCAUGAGUGGAUGAGCCCCUACCCGGGUCAGGCCCACAUGACCACAUCAAGUCCUGCAGGUUCCACCAAUCUGGCUCCAAUGGACAUGAUAUCAUACGGUCAGUCUCAGGGCCUGAGGGGGGACAGUGACGACAGGAUGGACGAGCAGAUAAUGGGACUGUCCUACCUACCAUACACAUCUUCUUGUCUGGGCAACACCACCAGUUCAGGGAAUCACCAUCACCACCAGAACCAUGACAACAAUCAGCAGGAGUUCUCUGCGCCUUUCCUCUUGCCAACAAUGCGACCGCCGGUGGCUAAGCGGUGCAUCAGCAAGGACAGUGCAGAGUACCGACUGCGACGCGAGAGGAACAACGUUGCCGUGCGCAAGAGCCGGGAUAAGGCCCGGCGGAGGAUCCUGAUGACCCAGCAGAGGGCUCUGCAGCUGCAGGAGGAGAACCAUAAGCUGCAGAUGAAGAUUGGGCAGCUCACACAGGAGCUGAACACUCUCAGACACAUCCUGUCUCAGCGUCACUUGACAGGUUCUGAGGAGGGAACAGCAGGGGUGUCCACUAUCUAAGCAACAGGUGUCCAAAUGUAACUCAGGGGUCAUUUUUUUUACUUUUCUGGUCAGCGACAUCUAAAUUAAAACAAAAAGACCUUCACACAAUAAAAUUUAAAAAAGACCAUUAUCCCGAAUGGAUGCCGUUUACUUGUUGUAACUCCUAAAAUACACAUACAUUUCUGACUUUUUUUUUAAAAACAUCAAAUAUCACACAAUUUAAACCCAUCUCAGGCCACUUUAUUUUAUUUUUCUUAUGGCAAAGGUGACUCGUUUUAGUAACAGGAGUGAGUUUCAAUGUGUAGAAUGUGUUGCUUGAUUGGGACAUUAAAAAUAAUGUCCCACCAGUGGACUUCGAGAGCCUUGGAUUUUUCAGGACUCUGGACACCCCCAAUCUAUUAACACUAUAUUGUAACUGCAUAUUUUAACAAGAAAUGCAUCAAAAGAUGUGCCACAAUAUGUUGAUUAUUUUGCUUGUCAUCAUACAUAAGUCAAAUAUUAGAAAGCCAUUUCAAUAUGAUGCAGCGUCACCAAUGAUGGUCUUGAUUAAAGUGUUCUAGAUGGUCACUUUGGUCAAUAUACUUCAUUGACGUGUGUUUUGCCGCCAUUCUCAGGAAUAAUUAAACUUUUAAAAUAAAUUCCAAAAAGAUACAGUAUGUAAAUUGUUGGUGUGUACAGUUUUGGUUAUAGCUUAUUAUUGUUAUUUUUGUAAAUAAACACUGAAGCUGCAAUUCAGAUAA